GCCACCCGCUAAUAAACGGGUCCAUCGUCCAGACCCGAACCGAACUCCUCACCGCCUCUCUCUCUCCUCUUCCCCUCUUCUCUCUCUCUCUCCUCGACCACAACCCCAACUGCGGCGGCGGCGGCGGCGGCGAUGGUGUGCGCUAAGUGCGAGAAGAAGCUGGGGAAGGUGAUCGUGCCGGACAAGUGGAAGGAGGGGGCCAGCAACACCAACGAGAGCGGCGGCCGCAAGAUCAACGAGAACAAGCUCCUCUCCAAGAAGAACAGGUGGACUCCAUAUGGAAACACUAAAUGUGUAAUCUGCAAGCAGCAGGUCCACCAGGACGCCAAGUACUGCCACACCUGUGCAUAUUCAAAAGGUGUAUGUGCAAUGUGCGGGAAGCAAGUGCUGGACACGAAGCUGUAUAAGCAAAGCAAUGUGUAAUGUCAACUCCUGUGCCAUCCAUGAUAAUCUUGUAAUGCCGUGUCAAUGAGAUAUUGUACUUGGAAUCUAGCGGUUGAAAAAUAGUGACAUGUGUUCAAGAACUAUGUACCUGGCUAACCAUUCUAGAAAUCUCCAAACUGUCUACUUACCGCAAAUCUAUGCUACUCCAGUGUGGCUUGGUUGUGCUUUCUGCAAAUGUUUGGUGCACAAGGCUGCUGCUGAACGAGUUACUGGAAUUGCUUGCACUGAUUUCUCAA